AUGGACCACACGGAUGAGAGUAUGGAAGUUUCAGCUACGACGAGCAGGUUCAAGUCCUCACAAUCAGCCAACCUGAUCAGCAGCUCCACCUCCUCCAGCAGGAACUUCUCUGAAGGAAAAGGAAGGAAAGGAAGCUCCAGCGGUCACCUGAUGAGUCACAGUCAGAUACAGAAGAAAAACAGGGACAAGAUAAACAGCUUCAUAGAUGAGCUGGCAUCAUUACUGCCUGCAUGCAACACUAAAUCACGCAAACUGGACAAACUCUCAAUCUUGCAUAUGGCCGUUCAACACAUGAGGACGGUACGAGGUUCUGCCGCCAACUGCUGCACAGAAGUUAAUCACAAACCUGCGUUCUUAUCAGAUGAGGAGCUAAAAUGCUUAAUACAGAGGGUAGCUGACGGCUUUCUGUUUGUUGUUGACUGUGAUCGAGGGAAUUUAUUGUUUGUUUCUGAAUCAGUGUACAAGAUUCUCAACUAUAGCCAGAAUGACCUGAUUGGCCAAAGUCUGUUUGAUUACCUGCAUCCUAAGGACAUUGCCAAAGUGAAGGAGCAGCUGUCCUCAGCGGUUACAGCGCCACCAGAGGAAAUCAUUGAGGCAAAAAGCGGUCCUUUAGUGAAGACAGAUAUCAACCCAAGUUCAUUUAGACUUUGUUCUGGGGUGAGACGCUCAUUUUUCAGCAGGAUGAAGUGCAACCGAAAGAUGGAAGAUGAGGAUUUUUCACCUAGCUACUCGAAAAGACAUGCAGAUUAUAAGGGCUUCUGCACCAUUCACAGCACAGGUUACUUAAAAAAUAAUGAGCCGGGAAAUGGUGGAUGCAGCUUAAGCUGUCUGGUGGCUGUUGGUCGGUUGCAUCCCUGCACUGUUUCUCAGCCAGUGCAGAAUCACGUCAAAGUCAAGCCCAUGGAGUUUGUUUCACGUCAUGAUAUGGAUGGGAAGUUUGUCUUUGUGGAUCAAAGGGCCACAGUCAUUUUGGCUUAUUUGCCUGAAGAGCUGCUGGGAAGUUCAGUUUACGAAUACAUUCAUGAAGAUGAUAUCGCCAAUUUAGCAAAAUGUCACAGACAAGUGCUGCGGCUGAGAGAGAAGAUCAAUACAGACUGCUACAAGCUGAAAAUAAAAGAUGGCUCAUUCAUCACACUACGAAGCCGCUGGUUCAGUUUCAUUAACCCUUGGACAAAAGAGGUGGAGUACAUUGUUUCUACCAGUACUGUUGUCAUGUGA